AUGUCAGGUCGACGACCGCCCUUUGGGCAAGGCCGACCGCAGACGAGUAUUCCCAUGGACGACUCACUGGCGGUUGCGACGGCUCCUCCGUCUGUGACCGACGCGAUACCUGCGGCGGACAACGCUGCCGCUGCUGCGGCUACCGCUGGCUCCACGACAACGGCCGCUUCUUCCAGCUCAUCGGCGACCGCCGCCUCGUUCAUUUACCCUACGACAGACCUCACGAUAAACAAUAUUGACGAUAUAAUAAUACAAUACGAGUCGCCGUGGCAAGACCUGUCUUUGACAGUGUCGUGCAAGGGGGACGGCGUGGGGGGAGCAAAGUCAUACGACAUUUCUCUGUCGCAGCAAGACGGCACGUACCGCCUGACACCAAUCGACGGCGAAAUCACCGUCUCGGACUACCCGGUCGACUGCUCCCUCAUCCUUCAAGACAGCGAUAGCGUUGCGAAUUUCUUGGUCGGACCGGAUUUCACCGUUCAGAGCACUGGUGGUGUUGCCUCGGUGUAUGCUGCAUCUGCUACGAGACCUGCAGCAGGAGACUCGAGGGCCACAUCUUCCGGAUCAGGAGCGGCGGCAACAGAAACACCGGAUGGAGCUCCGGAGGAUUCCGGCUCAAGCGAAUCGAGCGCGUCAGGCCGCGGAGGAUCAGAAGCUACAUCGACCAGCGUCUCAGGCGCGUCAACGUCCAGCUCCUCGGACGCGGGCGCGGGUGCAUCCGCAGGUGGCCUCUCCGGCGGUGCGAAAGCCGGCAUCGCCAUUGGCGUGAUACUAGCUGUAGCGCUCGUCGCGUUGGCACUCUUCUACGCCUUCCGCACGCAACGGCGCAUGGCGGUCAUGGAAAACGAGCUGCAGGAGACCAAGAAACAGCACGAGACCGACCGGGCUUACGUCGACGGCAUCCUCAAGGCUGCCGGGAAACCUGACACGCGCAACGGCGGACGCGUUGUCAUGGCCGAAGCCCCGACUAGAGGCUCCGGAGACUGGAAGAACUUCUUUGGCGCCUCUAGAGCUGGGACGCCCUUGACAGCGCCGCCUUCAAGGUUGGGAAGGACGGUACAGACGCCGUCACCGGCCCCACGAUCGAGUAUUGGUGGUGAUGCCGGGAGCACGGUUGGGUUGGUGGGCAGGUGA